AUGGGUGAAAAAGCAGCGACUAACGAGGUGAUUGAUCGACUGGUUAAUGCACUUGGGGACAAAGAUGAGGAUGUCAGAAAUGGUGCGUGUGAAGCCCUCGGAAACAUGGGUGAAAAAUCAGCGACCAAUGGGGUGAUCGAUCGACUGGUAAAUGCACUUGGGGAUGAGGAAUGGCAUGUCAGAGACAGUGCGUGUGAAGUCCUCGGGAAGAUGGGUGAAAAAGCAGUGACCAAUGGGGUGAUCGAUCGACUGAUAAAUGCACUUAGGGAUGAAGAUGAGGAUGUCGGAAAUGGUGCGUGUGAAGCCCUCGGGAAGAUGGGUGAAAAAGCAGCGACUAAUGACGUGAUCGAUCGACUGAUAAAUGCACUUAGAGAUCAUUGUAUCGAAGAUGAGCGUGCUGCCAGGGCUGUUGAAUGGGCCGUUUGUUCUUGGGAUGGUAUCAAACAAUUAGACUCCAAUGCGGUUUCGAAAUUAUUCUCAUGCAUCAGGCGAAAUCGUAUGAGUACUCUGAGAAUGGUGCCUCCAGCUCAAUUCAUCAAGGUGUUUUUCGAGACGGGAAAUGAUGUUGGGCUCGCUUUGACUUUUCAUGCUUCAUUGCUUCAAGGAAAUGCGGUAACUGUGGUGGAGAACAAUGUUGUGAUAUACGGUGGUAAAGAACCAGUUAAGCUCCAUGUGUCGCGACCAGAAUUGUGUCGGAAGUUGGUUAACGCUUUUGGGAAUCAGAGGAAGGAACUUGAAAAUCCUCUAUUACAGUGCCAAAAUCUCAAGGAAGAAUGA